AUGCCAGACAAGAACGUCACGACCAUCUCCUAUGCCGCAGGCGCAUCCCUUGCUGCCAUUGCCCUGGUAUACGUCUUUGCGCCGACAUUCACAAUCGACGAAUCCAGCACCUCGUCGUCACGAAGGAAGGGUGUUGUCGGCUUGCGCAAUGCUGCAAACGAUUGCUUCAUCAACUCGACCUUGCAGGCUCUCGCGGGUCUCGGCGAGCUGCGCAUGUACCUGAUCCGCGAAAUUCACCGCCGAAACAUCGAUGAUGAGGGCGUAUACUCCCAAUUGGUUCAGCCGCCAGGCAAGAACUACCCGGAAUGGAAGAUCGAGGGCAUGCAACGCGGAUUGGUCACACAAGGAUUGAAGGACAUGCUUGAUUCGCUCAACGAAAGGCCCAUCUACAAGAAAUCAAUCUCUGCCAUUGAGUUUGUGAGGGUACUUGAGACAGCCUUCAGGCAGCGUAUUAGUCGGCAGCAGCAGGACGCCCAGGAAUUUCUCCAAAUCGUGGCCGAGAGACUCAAAGAAGAGUACCACGCCGGCGAGAGGGCACGCACCCAGGUAAAAUUGGAAGCCUCACGAGCCACCUCGGUCGGCGCUUCCGUCAAUGGCGACGCAAUACAAGAAAAACUCAAAACCCUUGACCUGGCCAACGGCAACGCCGAAGACUCCUCCUCAGCAUUACCUACGCCAACCAUCCCCAAGAUCCAGACCAAUGGUAUCCAUGCGCCCAUUGACGAAGACGAAGGCUUCCCGAUGGAAGGCAAAUACGAAUCCCAGUCCGAGUGUCAGACCUGUGGUCACAAAACGAAGCCAAGAGAGGAGUCCUUCUAUAUGCUGACAUUGAAUGUACCCCAAGUCAGCUCUACCACUCUCAGCUCGUGCUUUGACGAGAUCUUCAAGACGGAGAUGAUUGAAGAUUUCAAGUGCGAGAGGUGCCGACUGAUCCACGCCGAAGAAUCCCUCAAGAGCGACCUGGCAAACGCAAAGAACGAAACUGAGAGGACCGCACUCGAGGAGGCAGUGCGCAAGUUGCGCCAUGCGAUUGACUUUGAUCCGGAACAUGUUCCCGAGGACGUGCUUCUCCCCAACAUAGCCAAUGCGCCCAAGCGUAAAAUCGCACGGUCGACACGCCUCACGUCCUUCCCGCGCAUCCUUGCCGUCCAUCUUUCGCGCUCCAUCUACGACCAAACGUCAACCAAGAACUCGGCCAAAGUUGCCUUCCCCGAGCGAUUGCCUCUUGGCGGCUUGCGCGAUCGUCGCAAUUACAAGUUAUUGGGUCUCGUCACACAUAAGGGAAGCCAUCACAGUGGGCACUACGAAUCGUUCCGGCGCCAGAAUACCUAUGCUCCGUAUUCAAACCAGAAUACCUUUCAGCCCUCGGGCAUCUACAGCAAGACAGCCAGCCCCGCGGCUACGCCACAGCCGUCGACGCCGCAACUUAGUGCGAUUGCUCGCGGACACAGCCCCGCUAUAUCAACACCCGACCUACUGACGCCGAGCUCAGAAACGCAUUCUUCCACCCCUUCGCUUUCGUCAUCCGACGCCUCGCCAAAGGACCGAGUUUGGAAGCGAAUAAGUCCGACAUCCGCCCCGCGCGAUAGGCAGAGGGAACCUGACUCGGCUAGCAUCCGUUCAGUGCGAUCACUCACGGCGUCGGCAAAGAGCACCGUUUCCAAGAUAUCGCAAAAGGUCAACGGCAAUAGCACACCCGGAAGCAGUCCCCCACGGUCCACGCCAAUGGCCGUGGCACCUCGUCCGCCUAUCCACAGGUCCCGCAAGAAGCAGCCCACCGACCGCUGGUGGCGCAUCAGCGACGAAAAGGUUCGCGAAGCCAAGACGGCCGAGGUUCUCGAUCUCCGUCGCGAGGUCUACCUGCUAUUCUACGAGCUCGAGAGGGAUGAUAGCCCGUAG